UCAGGGUCUCGACCCGAAACACCACUCAUUCCUUCUCUCCAUAGAUGCUGCCCGUCCCGCUGAGUUACUCCAGCUUUUUGUGUCUAUUGUAGUUGAGUUUCGUUUAUUGUCACGUGUACCGAGGUACAGUGAAAAGCCUUUGUUGCGCGCUAACCACUCAGGGGAAAGACAAUACAUGAUUACAAUCGAGCCGUCCACAGUGUACAGAUACAUGGUAAAGGGAAUAACACGAAUAACAUUCAGUACAAGUCCGAUCAAAGAUCUCUAAUGAGGUAGAUAGUAGUUGACAGCUCUGUAGUUGUUGGUAGGACUGGUAGUCAAUCAAUCAAUCGGAUUUAUUCAUCAUAUGCCCAAUAAAGUGCAGUGAAAUGUAAACUAAACUAAAACAUUGUAGUCUAGUCUGGUCUGGUGAAAAGUUUUUGUUGUGUUCAAACUAAUCAGUGCAAAGACAAUACGUGAUCACAAUCAAGCUGUCCACAUCCAUUUUUCUCCGGGAGCUCCGGUUUCCUCCCACGCUCCAAAGACUUGUAGGUUUGCAGGUUAAUUGGCUUCUGUGAAUUGUCCCUGGUGUAUAGGAUAGUGCUAGUUCCAAAGGAAAAAUACAUGCCCUGUAGAUUUCCAUUAAAGUCUCCCCCCAUUCUUUUCAUUUAGUUGAGUUGAGAUUAUUGCCACGUGUACCGAGGUACAAUGAAAAGCUGCCAACCAGUGAGCGGAAAGACUAUACCUGAUUGUAUGUAUUCGGGAUGUUAUAGGCCCGAGGCCUAUUACAUCCUGAAGCCGCGGUCUCCGGUGGGAAAGUGCCGAUUAGGGACUUCCAAGUGUGUUUGUCCAUCCCGACGUCGGAGUUUGGAUCAUCCCAACGAGAGGGCCUGUACAUCGGGCCAUCCGUAGCAGCGACUACGGAGGGUUCAUGGCCUUGACCACGGGUGAACAAAGGAGGAGGACUGGCUGAACUAUGUUGCUUUCCACCACAGUAAAGAAUGCUGUGGUGUCGUCAGUGGUCAGCCUGAACAUUGGCGGUCAACUCUUCUGGACUACAGUCGGCACCUUGAGGAGGUUUCCAGGGUCCAAGUUGGCCGAGAUGGUGAAUGGACAGUCGAGGGAGAAGAUGGACGGGGAGGGGAGAUACUUUGUGGACCGUGAUGGGACCUACUUCCAUCACGUGUUGGAGUACCACCGCGGCAGAGAACCCCCGCCUCACUUGGCCGAAGAGGUCUACCAGGAGGCCCGGUACUACGACGUCGAGCCGCUGGUGAAGCUGCUGGAAGACUCGCCCAAGUUCUUCGGCGAGGUGGUCGGGCAGCGGCAGUUCCUGGCCAGGGUGCCCGACUACCAGGAGAACAUCGAGGUGAUGGUGCGGGUGGCCCGGGCCGAGGCGGUGGCCUCUCGCCAGUCCACCGUCACCGUGUGCGUGGUCAGGAACGAGGAGGACGUGGCCAGGUGCCGCGAGGCCGUCAGCGGGCUGGACACGGGCGGGCGGGAGUCGGUGGUGAGUUUCGGGCCGUGGAAGGCCUCUCCCUCCGUCUCCGACCUCCUGCACUGCAUCAAAGUGGACAUCGAGAAGAAGGGAUACCGCACCGCCUGCCAACCUCUGGAGACGGUGAAAGGAUUCCUCACCCGGCCCUGCGAGUUCCUCUACAAGUUCACCUUCACCUGGUGGUAGGAUGGGACCUCCUCCUGUCCAUGUCCAGCUUAUCCCAUCAUCUCCAAGAUGUCCCAUGUCCAGCUUAUCCCAUCAUCUCCAAGAUGUCCAUGUCCAGCUUAUGCCAACAUCUCCAAGAUGUCCCAUGUCCAGCUUGUUCCACCAUCUCCAAGAUGUCCAUGUCCAGCUUGUUCCAACAUCUCCAAGAUGUCCAUGUCCAGCUUGUUCCAACAUCUCCAAGAUGUCCAUGUCCAGCUUGUUCCACCAUCUCCAAGAUGUCCAUGUCUAGCUUGCCCCAACAUCUCCAAGAUGUCCAUGUCUAGCUUGUCCCAACAUCUCCAAGAUGUCCAUGUCUAGCUUGUCCCAACAUCUCCAAGAUGUCCAUGUCCAGCUUGUUCCAACAUCUCCAAGAUGUCCAUGUCUAGCUUGUCCCAACAUCUCCAAGAUAUCCAUGUCCAGCUUAUCCCAACAUCUCCACCUGUCCACCUUCGACCUGGCCAUCUCCAGCUUAUGCAGAGCAAGAAGACCUAAGUAUGCCGUAGGACCGCCAAGCUCACACGGUGUUAAACCUGCAGGAGGAUACAGUGCAGAAGGAGGCCAUCGUAUCCAUGCAAGCUCUUUGACGGACUUCUCCAAUGAGCGCCAAUCACCUGCUCUUUCUCCACAGCCGUGGAAAGUUCCUCCGUUUCUGUGAGCGUUCCCCGUUCCUCUCUUCCAACAGAAGCCUGAUCGCAAUGCCGAGCGCAGAUAAAGUCUCAUGUCCAGAACCUUGUUCAAGCACGUUCCUAAAUUCUCCAUCUCCCGUUUCCUGCCUUCUCCUCAGUGGUUCCGUCUAUUUGUGCUUCGGCAACAAAUAACUUCCUCUCCGCAUUGGAAUAUCAAUGGAGUCGCUUGCUUUGAAAAGACAUUGUUAACCUUGAAGAGGAACUUCCAGAAGGAUACACAGAAGGUGAAGGUCCACAAAUAACCAUCACACAGACCACACUCCCCACCAUUGACUCCAUCGACAUUUCACGCUGCCUCGAGAAAACAGCCGACAUCAUCAAGGACUUGUCCCUGUCCUACCCUGGUCAUUCCCAUCUUCUCCCCGCUCCCGUUCGGCAGAAGGUACAGAAGCUUGAAAGCGCGCACCACCAGACCCAGGAAUCAAUUCUUCCCCUCUGACAUCAGGCUUCUGAACGGUCCUUCCAUAAGCUAGGGUACUGUCCGAUUCACCUCUAGCCCAUUGUGGACAUUGGACUUUGUCUCUGGAACUGAUGCGCUACAAUGCUGAGAACUAUAUUCUGCACUCUGUAUCUUCCCCUGCUCCAACUAUUGGACUCAAGUUUGACUUGAAUGUAUUUAUGUGUAUCUAUAUUUAAGAGGGAGUUAGAUGUGGCCCUUGUGGCUAAAGGGAUCGGGGGUAUGGAGAGAAGGCAGGUACAGGAUACUGAGUUGGAUGAUCAGCCAUGAUCAUAUUGAAUGGCGGUGCUGGCUCAAAGGGCCGAAUGGCCUACUCCUGCACCUAUUUUCUAUGUUUCUAUGUAGCGUUAUCUGAUCUGGUUAGAUAAGGUGCAAAACAAAGGUUUUCACUGUACCUCGGUAGACAUAACAAUAAUACAUCUAAACCUAAAAGCCCUGUCCCACAGUACGAGUUCAUUCCAAGAGCUCUCCCGAGUUUAAAAACAAUAUCAAACUCGUGGUAAGCACGUAGCAUGAACGUAGCGGGUACGUCGGAGCUCGGGGACAUCUCUUAGCGGCUCGUAACGCUAACGGCAGGUACUCAGGAAACGCGGUAAGCUCGUGAAGACUCGUGAAGAUUUUUCAACAUGUUGAAAAAUGUCCACGAGAGCCCCGAGUACCGACGAGUGGCCAUUACCGUAAAGCUCCAAGUUCGAAUCAGGGCAAACUCGGGAGAAAUCUUGGAAUGAACUUGUACAGUGGGACAGGGCUUUAAGACUCUCUCAUUCGGUUAACUCCCUCCUCAAGACCACUCUACAGCUGCGCCCCUGAACUGUUUCCUCGUCUCCGUUCUAAAUGGCUUACCCCUUAUUCUUAAAUAUUCUUAAACCCCUGGUUCUGGACACUCCAACAUGUGGAACAUGUUUCCUGCCUCUAGCGUGUCCAAACCCUUAAUAAUCUUAUAUGUUUCAAUAAGAUAACCUCUCAUCCUUCUAAACUCCAGAGUGUACAAGCCCAGCUGCUCCAUUCUCUCAGGAUAUGACAGUCCCGCCAUCCCGGGAAUUAACCUGGUGAACGUAUGCUGCACUCCCUCAAUAUCAAGAAUGUCCUUCCUCAAAUUAGGGGACCAAAACUGCACACAAUACUCCAGGUGUGGUCUCACCAGGGGCCUGUACAACUGCAGAAGGACCUCCUUGCUCCUAAACGCAAACAGCAAGAAAACACCAUCACUUCCCCACCUACAGCAAACAACUCCCUCCUUACCCUCACAGCUCCCUUAUCUGUUCCACUCCCUGUUCAGCUCCAAUUUGGAAACCUCUUGAGCGAUCAAACUUUGAUCACAGGCGAACAAACACAUUAACUUUCAACAAAGGUUUCAUUCAGGCUGGUUUAAGGCUAACUGGUAUGUUCUCUCGUUCCAUGUGUAUAUUCUGUGGGUGUUUAGUUUAGUUUAGUUCAGUUUAGAGAAAGAGCGCAAAAAAAAAACAGGCACUUCGGUCUACCGAGUCAAGUCUAGAGUCAAGAGUGUUUUAUUGUCAUGUGUCCCAGAUAGGAAAAUGAAAUUCUUGCUUGCUGCAGAUUGAAAAGACUAAGCUUGUAUUCACUGGAGUUUAGAAGGAUGAGGGGAUAUCUUAUAGAAACAUAUAAAAUUAUAAAAGGACUGGACAAGCUAGAUGCAGGAAAAAUGUUCCCAAUGUUGGGCGAGUCCAGAACCAGGGGCCACCGACUUAGAAUAAAAGGGGAGGCCAUUUAAGACUGAGGUGAGAAAAAACUU